CACAGCUCACAGACAGACUCCAGCCAUGCCACACCGUCCACUUCUGUCUGGGUUUCCAUCUUUUUGUGGUUGAGAUGUUGCCAAACGUGAUUGUUUUCACGUACAUGCUGACUCUUCAGUUGCGCCACUGCGCUGCCGAUCUGUGCAACUGGUCCGGAAGCGGUUUUGCAGCUGGUGUGGACUCCAGGAUCGUGCUCCAGGUGCGGCUGCGCUGCACAGAGGGCUCGGUGAGGUGGAUAUACCCGGGCCAGGCUCUCCGGGUGGUCCUGGAGCCCAACCUGUUGUCCGCCCGGCGCACCACUGUCUGCAUCAAACCGUCUCCCUCUCUCCGCGGAGCCAGCGUGUACAUUGAACGGGCCGGCAAGCUGGAGCUGCUGGUGACGGACGGCGGGCGGCCGCAGCAUCAGGUGUUCUGUUUCCGGGCAGACGGUCCGCACAGGCCCGCCAUCUACCUCCAGUCCAGCCCGCAGAGCGAUGGAGCCUGGAGCAGGCGCACGAUGAGCUUCAGAUACGAGCUGCUGGGCAACAGGAGUGCUGCACCCAACCUGGGCCACAGCGGGCUUCACACUUCAUGCCGACCCUGCAAUGACACAGAACUCCUCAUGGCCAUCUGCAACAGUGACUUUGUGGUCCGAGGCUCCAUCAAGAACGUCUCCCAUGACUCUGGCCGUCAGACGUCACUGGUGGAGGUGUCAGCAGUGAGGGUGUACUGGCAGCGCAGCGGGGUCUUCGAGCAACAGGCGGCCGCCUCUGGUUCCACUCGGCCUGGCCCGCCUUGGCGUGGACACAUCCACACGCUCCUGCAGUGCCACGUGAAGCCUGGGGAAGGAGAGUUUCUCUUCACGGGGUCAGAACACUUCGGGGAAGCUUGGUUAGGGUGUGCCCCUCGAUAUAAAGACUUCCUGUCCAUCUACCAGACCGCCUGGGCGGCCCGUCGGAAUUCCUGUGACUUCCCUUUGGACUGAGGAAGUGUGUUGUUUUAGCACCGCUGAGCCCUGCCAGCCUCUGUCCACAGGCGUCCUCACCCCUGCGCUGGCACUGUGGGAUCCCUGUCAUGCUGUCAUGUACCAGCAAGGUGGCAUCCAGCAUCACCAGCAGGGACAGAGCUGUUGAACUGCUGGUAAAAAGGCACUUUUGGGGAGCAGAACAGGCACAAACAGCAGGGCCUCCUGCACUGAGGCUAAGAGAGGGCCGGCCUUUGUCUCUCUCCCAUCACUGCCCUCGGUCCUGGGAGAGUAAGAAGGGGUUGGGUUGCUGCUCUCCCUUUGUGCUUCUCCCAGCGUCAACCGUCGUUCACUUUGCUGCCUCUGUGUGACAACUGCCCCCUGAACCGAGGUGGGAGGGAGGCUGAGGGUUGUCUCGGUGAAUGGGCUCGCACACAUAUGACUGUGAAGUGGUUUUAAUCCUGAUUCGUCUGCGCCCAUGUUUAAUAUCCUCUUUGCUUUGUCUAUUUAUUGGUGUCGUCCUCUACACAUGACCUUUGUGUUAAAUGUUGUUGCAUCAGGAUUUUUGUACUUGCAAUGCAAAAUAAAUCCUCUGUAGACUCCA